UCAAAAAAAAGUAUGAAGUCAACAUUUCUGGAUAUCAGUCCUCAAGUAUACGCAAAUUUGUUAAAAUCCACGUUCAAUAGGUUGAAACAAACUGUGGUCAUUGAAAGUUUGAACAGUACAUUGAUGCCAAAUCCACUACUUGUGCUCGAAGUUCUGUUACACGGAAUUGGCAACGUCAAAUUUAUAAUGCUGAUACUACUGUCAUUAAAUUUGUUCGACUAUAUAGAUCAUCAAGUGACUGAAAGAUAUAAAAAAUAUUUAGAGGAUGAAGCGAAAAAUAAGCAAAUACGCGAUGGUGAUGCAACUGUGAAGAAGACAAAGACAAAAGGUUCCGAAGCUAUGAAAAAUGCGGAAGGUGCAACACAAAUCGCUUUAAUAAGGAAACAGGUCAGUAAGGAUAUUUCAAAGUUAUUAGAAAGUCAGUUCGAUAGGUUUUCCGAUUUUCAAGAUAACGCUCUGGAAUUAGCUGAGUUCUGGGAUAGACGACAAGGAAUACUGAUCAAGCCACCUGCUGCAGUAGUUAAGCUCGAUAAGAAACAUAAGCGUAGAUCCUCGAAAGCUAAUUUAUCACUCAACUUCACUCAAACAGUGACACAAUCAACAGAAAAUUCUAGAAAUAUCGGUAAGACAAUUUACAAUAUCCUAUUAUCUUAA